CAGGUGCACGGUUCCUAGACGGACAAACGGUGCUCAAAAGGCAAAUGAGAGCAGCCUCUCUGCUGUUUGGCUGCAGCAGUGCCGCUCUGGCUGUACGUGGGAAUCAGGAAGGACAAGGCAUCAUCCUCAACUAUAUCAUGGCCGGCUGCCCCUUUGUUUUGGGGAACCUGUGGGAUGUGACUGAUCGGGACAUUGACCGCUUCACUAAAGCUCUGCUGGAAUCCUGGUUAUCUGCUGGGCCUGGAGCAGCUCUCCUGGAUUAUAUGGGUCCAUCACGACAAGCCACGAACCUAAAACACCUUAUUGGCGCUGCCCCAGUGGUCUAUGGCUUACCAGUCCACCUGCAACACCACGGACUUCAAAGCUGCUAAAGCACAAUGUAAAUGGUCUGAAAGAAUCUAUCAUUUACUCAUUUCUCACAAAUAAAAGGAUGCCAUUUCUAACUUGUAUAAUCUUUGUUUUUAAAGGAAUGUAUGCUUUAAGUGCAGGAUUUUUAUAUAUUUUGAUAUUUUCUGUAUUUAAACUGCUGAAUUUUUGAGAAGUACGGAUGGCAUUUGUUAGAAUGUGCAUCUGUCAA